GUGGCUCGACCCCUGGGCAGCCCCUCCCCUCUGCCUUUCCCCCACGUUGCUACUUCCCCCGAGCUCCAGGUCCCUCCGGCGGCGGCAGCGGCGGCGGCGACGCACAGCACCAGCUCUCCGGCUGGCCGCCAAGGCCUCUGGACAGGGGACUGCACCAGCUUACUCUGCCAGCAAGGGGGCCCCAGAGACUGCGCAGUCCGGAAGUUUGGUGGCUUCGGUGGACAGUGCUGGGGGAUGUCCAUGUCUCCAGGAAGAGAUGUCCCUGUGGCUGCAAGCCCCUGUGCCUGAGGUUUCUGCUGAUUCUGCUGUGGAGCUGUGGGAGCCACGUGCCCAGGAUGCAUGCAGCCAGCCCAAGAAACGCAGCAGCUGCCCCCUCAAGGAGGAAGCCGGGACACCCCAAUCUGCGGGCAGCACCUUGAGGGUGGGGUUGGAGGCAGCGGAGCCUGGAGACCUGCUCCCCAGCAUGGAGGUCCCUGCAGAGCCCACAGAGCUCCGUCCACAGAAGCGGAAAAAGGGGCCGGCCCCCAAAAUGCUGGGGAACGAGCUGUGCAGCGUGUGCGGGGACAAGGCCUCAGGCUUCCACUACAACGUGCUGAGCUGCGAGGGCUGCAAGGGCUUCUUUCGCCGCAGCGUCAUCAAGGGAGCACGCUACAUGUGCCACAGCGGUGGCCACUGCCCCAUGGACACCUACAUGCGGCGCAAGUGCCAGGAGUGCCGGCUGCGCAAGUGCCGCCAGGCCGGCAUGCGGGAGGAGUGUGUCCUGUCGGAAGAGCAGAUCCGCCUGAAGAAACUAAAGCGGCAGGAGGAAGAACAGGCCCAGGCCGCAGCCAUGCCCCCAAGGGCCUCCUCACCACCCCAGGUCCUGCCCCAGCUCAGCCCAGAGCAGCUGGGCAUGAUCGAGAAACUGGUCGCAGCCCAGCAACAGUGUAACCGGCGUUCCUUUUCUGAUCAGCUCCGAGUCACGCCCUGGCCCAUGGCCCCGGACCCCCACAGCCGGGAGGCCCGCCAGCAACGCUUUGCCCACUUCACCGAGCUGGCCAUCGUGUCCGUGCAGGAGAUUGUGGAUUUUGCCAAACAGCUGCCUGGCUUCCUACAACUCAGCAGAGAGGACCAGAUCGCUCUGCUAAAGACCUCUGCAAUCGAGGUGAUGCUUCUAGAGACGUCUCGCAGGUACAACCCUGGGAGUGAGAGCAUCACCUUCCUCAAGGAUUUCAGCUACAACCGGGAGGAUUUUGCCAAAGCAGGGCUGCAGGUGGAGUUCAUCAACCCCAUCUUUGAGUUCUCCAGAGCCAUGAACGAGCUGCAGCUCAAUGAUGCUGAGUUUGCUCUGCUCAUCGCCAUCAGCAUCUUCUCUGCAGACCGGCCCAACGUGCAGGACCAGCUCCAGGUAGAAAGGCUGCAACACACAUAUGUGGAGGCCCUGCAUGCCUACGUCUCCAUCCACCACCCCCAUGACCGGCUCAUGUUUCCACGGAUGCUGAUGAAAUUGGUGAGCCUUCGGACACUGAGCAGCGUCCACUCCGAGCAAGUGUUCGCGCUGCGCCUGCAGGACAAAAAGCUGCCCCCUCUGCUGUCUGAGAUCUGGGAUGUGAACGAGUGACUGUUCUCCCCUGCCCAUCUCCACCCCAAACUCCCCUACAUCUUCUGUUUUCUGGCCGCACAGCUGAGACAGCCCCCACCCCCCAGGCUACCUCCUGAAGAGCAAAUAUUCCUGGGAGCUGGGCCAGGAAAUCCUCCCAUGGCAUUAAAGGAAAGUUGAAGGGUU